GGAUAAAGCAAGAAUAGAGACAGAAAAGAGAACAGAGGCACAGAAAAACAGAUCAUUAUACAGCAAACGAGCAAGAGGCCGCUGAAUGAAUAACAAGGAAGGGAUUACAAAGCACAGGACUAAAAAAAGGAGAGGACGCCGACUGAAGAUUCUCUCUCUCUCUACUCUCUCUUUCUCCCACUCCCUCCCCCCUCUCUAUCCUUCCUGUCACCCUCCCAACUCUCUCAGAGGCUCUCCCUCCCAGACGAUCUCCUCAGUAAAAGAUGGCAUGAGCACACUGUCACCCAUCCUCAGCUUGUGGAGUAUUUUUUCCCCUCUUCUCUGUUACUCUUUCUGCCUCUUUCUGUUCUUUUUUUUUCUGCUUUCCUCUGGUUCCCCCCUCUUCACCUCCUCCACCACCUCCUCUCUUUGCUCUGCUCGGGUUCAGUCCAGAGGGUGAAGAGGAGGGGAGUGAGGUAGAUAGAGGCUGACCUCUCCCCUCCUCCUUCCUCCCACCCGCAGGGCCCAGAGAGGAAAAAGAAAAAAGACAGAGAGAGAGCCGGAGCAGGGAUCCAUCUGAUGACUUACACCAACAACAAGCUCCUUAACACAGCCGACCACAGCCUGAUCCCCCUGCCCGCCCCCUCCCUGCCUCCUCUAACCCAGACUCUGACUCCCAGAGUCAGUGCAGGAGGGAACCAGGAUCAUGUUUGGAUUAAAGACUCCACACUUCUACCUCCAAGGUAUGAACCAUGAGUCCAAUAAAUCACCAUCAUUAGGAAUGAUCUCCACGGCAACUCGCACCACGGCUACAGUCAGUCCCCUCAGCCCACUAACCAAUGGGAACGCGGUUGCCCAAUCUGCAAACUCCGGAUUCGCUGCUGCCCUGCGUAAACUGGCCAAACAGGCUGAGGAUCCCAGAGGUUCUGCCCCCAGCGGUGAGUCGUCUCCAGUCUCCUCCCCGGCCACCAGCCACAGCUCGCCGGUCACCACCCCUAAGCGGGGCUCAUUAGGGCCCCUCUUGGGCCAGAACAGGGGCCACAGCGUCCCCGGCACCCCUCCGGUCGUCACCAUUGCCCCCACCAAGACCAGCAACGGCCUGUGGAGGGCCGACGGGCGACAGGUUGAGUCGAGCGUUCAGGGACUCGGUAGGGAGCGGGUGGGAGCUGAGAACACCCAGUCACAGCAGGAUAAGAGGACUCCUCCCAUCCCUUCACCUCACCCACUGGCUCACUCCUUCGGUCUCACCCCAGGCAGCAUCAUGCAAGACCCCCGCAUACAGAGCAUUAGUUUGCCUGGGCAGAUGCACCCAGUGGUUCCUUCGGGUGCCGUUCCAGAGGAAUACCUGAGAGCUCUCCGGCCCUUCGCUGCCUCAGAUGACCUCCGACUGACCUCUCUGCCCCUCAGUCUGGAUCCUGCUGCUGCUGCUCAUGCUGCCGCUGCCGCUGCUUACUAUCAUCCUGCCUACCUGCACCACCCUCUGUCCUUACCAAGGAUGGAGGAGUCUCUGUGUCUUUCCGCGCUGCGAUCGCAGUUCUACUCCGUGCCUGCAGGAGGCGCUUUCCCUCCUCUUCACCCCUCUGCCCUCCACCUGCACCUGCCCGGAGGCCGAUACCCCGGAGAACUGAACCACACAGCGUUAUCUGAGAGGCUACAGAUGGAGAACGAGCUCCGCCAGCGAGAGAGAGAGCAGGAGCGUGAACGAGAGAAAGAAAGGGAGCGCGAGGCCGGGCUGGAACGAGAGCGGGAGAGGGAGGAGGAGAGGGAGCGUGAGAGAGAGCUGGACAGACAGAAGGAGAGGCAGAGGGAGAGACAGCAGCAGAUGGUCCGAGCCGUGGAGAGCCACUACCUGGCUGAGCUGCAGGCUCGGAGGCCACCACCGGAGGACAGGGCCAGGCCAGGAGAGAGGCUGACCCCGAACAGACUGGAUAAAACCAAGGAGCCAGAGCACCCAGCUUUUCCGGCACCUAAACCUCUUCCUCUGCAGCCCGGCCUUCACUCCUCCAGAGGCUCUGUUCCACACCCAGUGCCCAGCCUGCUACCUUCUCACCUGGGGAAGCACCACGCUGCCGGUACUGGAGGGCUCCACGGAGCUCUGGCAGCCGCCAUGAUGACUCAGAGGGCCAGCGAGGAGGUGUGGUUGUCACGACAACGAGGACAGGGACAGGAGAGGGAGGGUCCACUGGAGCUGGGCCUCAGGUCACCUGGGAAGGGGGUGGAGCCGAGGAGAGAUGUCCACGGUCACAGAACUAAUUCAGUCUAUCACAACCAAGGCAGCAAAGAUGUGCCUCCCUGCCUCGGUGCCCCGCCUCCCCUAAUCUCCCCCAAAGGUCCCCAUCACCCUCCCGUCCCUCCCACCACACUGUGGAACCCAGCCUCCCUCGUUGACACACCUGCAGACUCCCGCAGGAAGCUCAACCCUCCUACGCCGCCGAGCCGACCACCUCCUGGACUCACCCGAGCCGACAGACCCCCGAUGAGCUGGGGGGAGAGGCUGGAGGAGGGAGGCAGGAGGAUGGCGAAAAGCCCAGAGAGGUAUCCAGCACUGAGGGGAGCGAGUUUGCAAGACUCCUGGAACAAGAUUGAGCAGGACAGAGCUGUCCAGAGCCUCUACCACCGGCAUCACAUCAGUAACCUCCACCAGAGACACUCCAUGCCGCUGUCUGCUCCCAACACCGAGCUGGGGGGGCGAUGUCAGGCAGCAUCUCCGUCUCCGGUCAGGGAGCGACAAGCACCAGACAACAUGCUGGUGUAUGACGAGGUUCUGCAGCAGCACCGACGGCUGCUCAGCAAACUGGACCUGGAGGAGAAGAGGAGGAAGGAGGCCAGGGAGGGAGGUUAUUACUAUGACCUGGAUGAGUCAUAUGAUGAGAGCGACGAGGAGGAGGUGAAAGCUCAUUUGAGGAGAGUGACCGAGCAGCCUCCACUCAAACUGGACACAUCCUCCGAGAAGGUGGAUUUUCUGUGGGUAUGCGGUCUCACCACGGUGGUUCAUCGCGACGAGCUCCUGGCCCAGAAGAGGAGGAAGAGGAGGAGGAUGAUGAAAGAGCGCAGCCUCUCUCCGCCGGCCGUGCGGGGCAAGAAGAAGGCCUCGUCACCUCCAGCACCCACACCUCCUUUAACUACCCCGUACUCUGCUGAGCAGAUGGACCGCACCCCCGAACUGGAGGAGAAAAAAGACUUCCUCCUUAUGUUCAACCUUUCCCAUGUCAGCCCACAGCAGAGGAGAGAUAAGGAGAGGACAGAGGAGCUGCUGAGGGCUAUUCAGAGGAAGACUGUGACGUUAGACACGCUCCGAUAUAAUCCUUCACCGCUGUGUAAAAGUCCUCCGGCUCCCUCAACUGGUGACUCCUCCUCAGCCCCUCAAUCAAACGGACACCUCUAUCCAGAGUCUCCCAGCCCCUCUCCUCCAUACUUACACAAACCUAAGCAGCUCCACAGUGACACACUCAAACCCUCCGUGGACUCCCAGGUGACCCGGAUCCCUCCUCCUCUGGCGCCACAUCACGAAAAGACUGAAUUCAUGGAGACUCAAUCGAGCAGGAAGCUUCACUCCCUCCAGAACGGCGUCGCUGCUCCUCCUCCACACAAAAAGGAGCCCAAUUGUGUGCAGAACGGACGGAAUCGGCCCUGGGAAAGAUUCACACCUGAGGCCUUUGCUCAGCACUUCCACCAGGCUGUGCUGCAGUCCACACACAACACGCUGCAGAAAAAAGGAGUCUCAAACUGUGUCCCUGAGGCCGGCGUGAAGGCUGAUCGCUCGCUGCCUCACAGCAUCUCUCAGCUGAAAAGUUCAAAUCUGAACCAUACCCCUCAGCACGCACACAUCAACGGCCAUCACUAUCACUCUCCUGCAGCCAGCCGGGACGCUCCGGCACCACGGGACCAUCUGUCCGACGAGGAGGAGGAGGAGUCCGGCCAGGAGGAAGAUGAAGGGGAGGAGGAGGAGGAGGAAGAAGCUCCAAGGAAGUGGCAGGGUAUUGAAGCUAUUUUUGAGGCCUAUCAGGAGUACGUGGAUGAGUGGAGCAUAGAGAGGCAGGUUCUUCACAGUCAGUGUAAGCGACUUGAAGCACAGAACUACAAUCUGACCAGAACUGCAGAGCAGCUCUCUCUAACUAUGGGGGAGCUGGUGACUCAGAGGCAGAGGGUGAGGGAGGAGAGGGAGAGGUUGCAGGCCCAGCUCGAGCACUUCAGGAGGUGUUUGACGCUUCCUAACAUUCACUGGGGCAGGGGGCAGGUGAACGGCCACACCAGGUGACCUCUGACUCCUCUAAAGGUUACGCCUCUGAAAGGAACAGUGACAAGAACAAGCCUGACCGCUCUCCACACCUGAAGCACUUGAAGGAGCCGACCGUCAUCUUGUUACCUUUCUGGCCAGUCAGCUAAGUUACCUGAUUGGUCCCAGAUAGAAUUUAUUACCUGCCAUGUUUGUAACCAUGGUGUCCAUGUAGUCUGGACUGUCUGGUUUCGCCCAUGGAUUGUAACAGCAGUGUGCGGGUGAAACUGCAUCUUUUGUUAGAGUAACGCUAACCUCUCCUACUACUUGAGUUGGCUUUAAGGACUGUCCGCCAUUUAGCUCAUAUCAUGUCAGAAUCUGCGUCAACAUGGCUAAAGAGAAGAAGGCACAAAUCUGUAGCCUCUCUGGAAGCAGUGAGAAGAGUCCGGGCGUGCGGUGGUCACUUGUUUAGUCCUUAGAGAAUGAAAACUGAGUCAAGGAAUCAAAGCACACCUCAGGCCUUAAACUUGACAGGAUGCACUUGAAGUGGAAAUGGAGGAAAUACUUGACCGUCCUCAGUGUGGUGUAAUGUUGUCGUGUCUACUGUAUCUGACAGAUGAAGCAGUGUGUGCUGAUAAAGGUUCUACAGAGCAUAGGAAUCAUCUAAAAUAUCUAUAUAAUGGCAAAUGGUAUCAAUGAAGUUUGGGUUUUUUUUAGGUUCAGAUUUCCAUCAGUUAAUCACUUGUGAUAGAUGAAGAGUUGUGUAUGUUUUGUUGCUUUAAUCAUUUUAUAUGGGAAGCCAUAUGUUUGUUUUUUUAAUUGCUGCUGGUCAGAGUGAAAUGUUUAGAAAAUGAAGGACGUUAGGACAGUCGUAUUUUGAAAGAUGUCAUGUGAUUUAAAAAUGUUUUUGGAGAUGCACUGAGGGAUGGAAGUCAUUGCCAUUGUUCAGGUAGUUUGUCUGUGUCCCAAACCCUUCACAUGCCUAUAAAUGUUUGAGAAAGAUGAGUAAAAGUCAUUUUUUUUAAAAAGGCCUUUUGCAGAUUCUACUCGUUCUUAGAUAAUUGGCAUCACUUAAGUGUAACUUUGUACUUUUAGGCAUACUGUCAACCCUUAAAAAUGUUUUCACCUACCUGAGAUGAUCAUUUUGAACCUCUUUUGUUAAGGAAACAGAAAAGCCAAAUUAUUAUUCAGUUCCAUUUCAGGACUACGUCAAAACUAAUAAACAUGAUCUUUUUUUCCCCCGAGACUCGAAAAAAUUCUCUAAUUGUUUAUGGGUGACAUAAACAUCAGAAUGACUUCAUCCCUCUGAGGAUGACAAUAAACUACACCUUCUGUGGUCUUUUGAUGAGAUUUAUUUUUGUUCAAGCCAGAAUUAUUAUUACUGUCACAAACUCACACUUUUUUUUUGUCCUCCGCCUGAAUAUUAAAACCUUUUUUCUACAAGCACAAGCUACAGUAGCAAUCUCCCCAAUUCACGCAACCUUCCUGCGUCACCUGCUCCUCUUCAAACCUCUGUGAAAUCUUGCAUAUUUGCUUCAAUCAGUUGUUAUGUAAUGUAUUAUUUGGGCUGUAUAAUUGCGAUGAAUUAUUUAUUAACAUAUAUUGCUGUACAUUCGGAUGGAAAUUUACAUUAAAAUAUUUGUAAAAUGUC